AUGGACUUCUUUUCGGAAAUAAUCGGCGAAACAGUGAUUCUUGGUAUUGAUACCCUGAUUUUGGGGUUCUGUGUGAAACAGCUGAGUAAAUGUAAACAUAUCCUAAACGCCCUACAGACGGCACCAGUUUUAGACAUAGAUUCAACAUUGAAUAGGGAAAUAAACAAAUACUCGAACAAUACCAUCCCAUAUGUGGUGAUCAGAGGCCUAGUGAAACCUCUGGGCAACCCUAUCACCAGCAACUAUAACAACUCUGUUACUGGAGUUGUGCAAAGGCUCACAAUCAAAGAGCAUGUGAUAGCCAGAACAUCUGCGGGUUUCUGGUCAGACCAAACUCGCACAAUACAUGAAGUGUGCAACUCCACACCGUUUGUACUUAGCAAUGGAAAGCACAGCAUUGAGGUGGUGGAUGCUCUGGCUGCCGAGUUACUUGACAUGGAUGUCAUUUCGGAUAAGUUUGAGCCAAUGUCGCCCGGUGUCAUUGAUCAUGUGUGGGGUUUCUUCUCCGGCGUUCGACAGCGAGGGCUGCAGACCAUGGAGGAGAUGCUUCGCGACGGGUCUUACAUCACGGCCAUAGGGGAGCUCAGCAGAAGUAGCUCUGGGGAGAUGAAGAUACAGCCACCGAAAGAUGGCCUCCCCUUGUAUUUGACUACAGCUACUAAGUCAAGCUUAUUGAAGCGACUAGCUAGCUCGCGCGACUUUUUGAGGGUGCUACUAGUAAUCUUCGGCACGGUAGCGGCGGCGGCAUCAUGUCGCGUGGCGUACAAGUAUAUGAAGCGUCGCCGACGCCGCGCUCUCGAGGACUCCAUGAAGAAGCAACUCGCUGCCGGACGACGCGAGCGGAGGGCGCAUGCGCGGGAGAAGAACCUUGCUGAUGUACAACUUUGUGUAGUUUGCACAGAAAACCCUAAAGAGAUAAUCCUACUUCCAUGUGGACAUGUAUGUCUCUGUGAGGACUGCUCAGACAACAUCACAGACCACUGCCCCAUCUGUCGGGAGAAGAUAGAAUCCAGAGCGCCUGCCUUCAUUACGUAG